UCUGGAGCGGAUUGGAAACCCGGAGUCAGGAUUUCAGUGUUAACGUGCAGACAACUGAAAAAACAGAAAUGGCCGAGCAGACACCAGAGGACUACAUCUGGUGUGAGGAUUGUGCUCAGUAUCAUAACUCUGAGUGUCCUGAGCUGGGCCCAGUCGUCACUGUUAGAGACUCAUUUGUGUUGAGUCGAGCUCGGUCAUCUUUGCCGGACAGUCUGGAGAUCAGGAAAGCUGAAGGAGGGAAAGAGGGAGUGUUUGUCCUCCAGCGGCUCAUCAAGAGGACACGCUUCGGUCCGUUCGAGGCCAAACGCGUCACACAGCUGAACACACACACACCGUUUCCUUUAAAGAUUUUUCAGACAGACGGCUCUGUGGUGUGUUUGGACACAUCUAAUGAGGAUGACUGUAACUGGAUGAUGCUGGUCAGACCUGCGACAGAUCACACACACCAAAACCUCACAGCGUACCAACAGGAUGAGGAGCUGUACUUCAACACCUCACAGGAUGUGUUGCCGGGGACGGAGCUGAGGGUCUGGUAUGGAGCUUUCUAUGCUAAAAAGAUGGAGAAACCCGUCCUGAAGCCUCCUGUAGUACCGCCACAUACAGAGAUGUUGUGUGGAAAGUUGGCUGUUGUUGAGGAGAGAGCAGCAAUGACAGCGCCCCCUGUGGUCAGAGACAGUAACACAGAUCAGCUGACCCACUCACCAGCUCCUGCCACACCCCCUGCCAUCUCACCUGCUGCCGUUUCACCCCCUGCUGUCUCACCUGCUGCCGUCUCAUCCUCUGCUGUCUCACCUGCUGCCGUCUCAUCCUCUGCUGUCUCACCUGUCCAGCAGGUAGCAGUGGUUGUUUCUCCUGAAUCUAAUGCUACAACCGCACCAUCCGAGCCAAAAAAACGAGUCAACAGACAACGUAAAGCGAAAGGAGAGACAGCAGAGCUCAGUAAAGACCCACCUGCUCCUGCUCCAGUUCCGACAGUGACAAAUGUUCAGAAUCUCGUGAAGGACAGAGACGAGCUGUCGAUCAAACCGAGCCGACACACACGCUGCCUCAUCACCGGCGGGAAGUCGGUGGUGAGGAAGCGUGUUCUGAAGAGUGGCGAUCAUAAGCGAGUGUAUCAGUGUAUCCUGUGUAAUAAAGUGUUUCAGAACAGCAGCAACCUGAACCGGCAUGUCCGCUCUCACGGUGAUAAACUGUUUAAGUGUGAUGAGUGUGACAAAAUGUUUAGCCGUAAGGAGAGUCUGAAACAGCACAUCUCUUACAAACACAGUAAGAAUGAGUCUGAUGUGGAGUACAGGUAUAAGUGUAAGACCUGUGAGAAAUCGUUUCGGGUAGAAAAUGCCCUGAAAUUUCACAACUGCAGGACAGAUGAUAAGACGUUUCAGUGUGAGCUCUGCUCCAGGUUUUUCUCCACGAACAGCAAUUUAUCCAAACACAAGAAGAAACACGGGGAGAAGCUGUACGCCUGCGAGGUGUGCAACAAAAUGUUUUACCGUAAAGACGUGAUGCAGGACCACCAUAGACGCCAUGUCAUGGGCUCGAAGAACAUGAAAAGAGAAGAGAUAGAAGCAAACGGAGAAGAAGGAACGAAAUAUAGGAAAGAACCGUCUGCGUGUCCCAUCUGCGGCAAGGUGUUUUCCUGCCGCAGUAACAUGAACAAACACCUGUUGACUCACGGAGACAAAAAAUACACGUGUGAGAUCUGCGGUCGCAAGUUCUUCCGUGUCGACGUGCUGAGAGAUCACAUCCAUGUCCACUUCAAGGAUAUUGCGUUAAUGGAUGAACAGGAGCGAGAGAACUUCAUUAAAAAGAUUGGCAUAUCGAUGGAUGACAGUGAGGGAAACUCGGACGAUGAAGAUGAAAAGGACGAUCCAGAACAUCAUAAAUAUAGCUGUAAAAAGUGCCAGGUGACGUUUGCAAAAGGUCGUGAUUAUCUGAAACACAUCAUGGAGAUGCACAAAGAGCGUGGAUACGGCUGCGUGAUCUGUAACAGGCGUUUUGCUCUCAAAGCCACUUACAAUGCUCACCUGGUGAUUCACCGAGAACAGCUCCCUGACCCUGCUGUGCAGAGGUACAUCCACCCAUGUGACAUGUGUGGCCGCAUCUUCAACAGCAUCGGCAACUUGGAGAGGCACAAGAUCAUUCACACCGGUGUGAAGAGUCACAGUUGUGAACAGUGUGGAAAAUCGUUUGCCAGGAAGGACAUGCUGAAGGAGCACCUGAGAGUUCAUGAUAACAUCCGUGACUUCCUGUGUGCUGAGUGUGGGAAAGGUAUGAAGACAAAACAUGCACUGCGGCACCACAUGAAGCUCCAUAAGGGCAUUAAGGAGUAUGAGUGUAAGGAGUGUAACCGCAAAUUCGCGCAGAAAGUGAACAUGCUGAAACACUACAAGAGACACACAGGUAUAAAGGACUUCAUGUGUGAGCUGUGUGGAAAAACUUUCAGUGAGAGAAACACGAUGGAAACGCACAAACUCAUUCACACAGUGGGGAAGACGUGGUCGUGUACGGUGUGUGAUAAGAAAUACGUGACGGAGUACAUGCUGCAGAAGCACGUCCAACUCACACACGAGAAGGUCGAGGCUCAGAGCUGCCACAUGUGUGGCACGAAAGUAUCGACACGAGCUUCCAUGAAUAGACACAUACGCCGUAAACACCCCGAGGUGGUGACAGUGAGAGUGGACUACUUAGAUGAUCUUCCAGAAGUGGCAACAAUUGACGCCUCAUCCAUCAGUAUAGCGCAGUCAUCUCUCUCCAUAGUAAAAGCCCACAGGAACUCAAGUCCCUUGAAAAAGAAGCAGAAGCUGCAGGAGUCGAUUCUUUCAGAUUCAAUUGAAUACGGAGAGCUAACAAGAAAAGCCAGCGAGUUCACCAUGGCAACAACAGGAGACGAAACCAACUCGGCUGUGCAGAAUUUACAACAGGUGGUGGUGUUAGCUGACCCUAGCGCCCCUCCCACCACCUCGGUGAGUUUGACUAACAUCAGGGUGACGCCCAUCAACACGGCCACUCAGUUUGCCAGCCUGCAGCCCGUCGCAGUGGAACGACCUCUGACCCUGGAUAGCUCCAUUCUCACUGUGACCUUUGACCCCGUCACUGGCUCCAGUAUACAGGCGGACGGUGCGAACACACAGUCUGUCGCUCACUUCAUCAACCUCACUACCUUCGUCAAUCCCAUAUCACACCCUCUGGAGGCCUGGAGGCCUAUCACAAGCACAGAGGCAAGUCACAUGACCACGGACAGAAGUCACAUGACGGCUGAUACUGGUCAAGUGACACCGGAUGGGAAUCAUGUGACAAUAGCCAUGAUGAUGGGCGGUGCCCAGGCUGAGCCUCAGGACACCCAGAACCCCCAGGACCCUGAAGCUCAGCUUUCACAGGAAUCGCAGCGUAAUCUUGGGCAAAGCCAUCAAAUCCGGCCCCAGGCUUCAGGGACUGCACAGCCUCCAGCUGCAGCGCCACAAAUGUUCAGCUACUGAGAGCUAAAAAAUCAGCAAACUCUUUUAAAGUCUUGCUCAUUUGAAGGCAGUUAAAUGAAAACACAGCUAGAUGCAUGGUUUCGACCAUAAAAUGUCAUAUUUUAUGUUGCUAAAAAAGAAUCAUGUUGAAAGAUUUGAUGGAUAAUGUAGCAGUUAUGUUCAGAUUAAUUCUGGAUUACACUCAGUAAUUCUGUCUUGACCUGCAAUUCAACAUAGAACCAAAGCUGGAUGUUUUUUUUUGGGGGUGGGCUGCUUUUUUUUUAAUUUACAAAACAGAUGCAUGUGUUUUAAACUACAGCUGUGGGAGAGAAGCAGCGUCACAGACGUUUUUUGUUUCCGUUAUUUGGAAAAGGAGACAGAGACAUGAUGUUAAAUUAUUUCUCUGAAAAGAAGGAAACGUUGACAGAAAUAAGGAUUAUCAAUGCCUUACUGAGCUAAUAAUUUUUUAGUUUUUUUUUUCCUAAAAACAGGUCUGUUGCCAAUAAACAGGAACUCUGUAGCA